UCCCCCCACUUCCUUCUCCUUGUCCUCCUAGCUACAAGCCAUGGAAGCAGACGCAAGCCAUGCACCCACCACCUCUUCCUCCUCCUCUUCCACCACCUCCUCCUCCCUCGUCAAUGGCGGGCCGCAAGAGCUGUCCAAGAACUCCAAACCCGCGACGACGAAGCGCAAGAGAGCCUCUUCGCCGGACUCCCAAGAACUAGAAGCCAACACCACUACCGCCACCAAUAGCCACGGUGAGGAGAGCAGCAGCAGCUGCAGCACCGACAACAACACUGCCAGCGGUAAGGCCCAGGCGGCAGGAGGAGGCUCCGCGUCGAGCAGGAGCGGCUUCAAGCACCCGUCGUACCGCGGCGUGCGUCGCCGGAGCUGGGGCAAGUGGGUAUCCGAGAUCCGGGAGCCCCGCAAGAAGUCGCGCAUCUGGCUCGGCACCUUCCUCACCGCGGAGAUGGCGGCGCGUGCGCACGACGUGGCCGCGCUCGCCAUCAAGGGCCGCGCCGCGCACCUCAACUUCCCAGACCGCGCCCACGAGCUGCCCCUCCCGGCGUCCACCUCCCCCGCAGACAUCCAGGCCGCGGCCGCCCUGGCAGCCGCGGCCGUGCAGUGCGACACGUCGUCGGCCGAGUUAUUGCCGUCCUCCCCCACAGCCGAGUCGCCGGAGGCUGCCUGCCCGGAGACGAUGCACGGUGACGGCGCCCAGGACAACGCACUGUUCGACCUGCCGGACCUUCUUCUGGACCUGAGGGACGGGCUGUGGUUUUCACCGGUGUGGUCGGCGGCAAUGGCCGCCGAGGAGCUCGACGGUGGCGACGUGGGGCUGCAUGAGCCACUCUUGUGGACCGAGUAGCAGUUGCGUACUCUACCUUUCGGGACUCUUGAAUAGUUACCACACUGUAUGGUGAUCUCAAAAGAAGAAAAAGAAGAAGAAAAAGAGCUAGUACCAUAAAACCAAACUAUAUGUUAUUGUCAAAUUAGUAGUGUUUUGCUUGAUUUGGCCAAGGAGCCUGUGUUCUUCCUGUACCAAGAGAAGAGACUUUUGCUGAUAGCUGUUUGAUGCGUUUGCAAAUUGCA